AUGUCUGACAAGCUUACUCGUAUUGCGAUCAUCAACAGUGACAAGUGCAAACCGAAGAAAUGUCGUCAAGAGUGCAAGAAGUCUUGCCCCGUGGUCCGCUCAGGCAAGCUUUGCAUUGAGGUCGAUUCCACUUCUAAGAUCGCCUUCAUCUCCGAGCGCCUGUGCAUUGGUUGUGGUAUCUGCCCCAAGAAGUGCCCAUUCGGAGCCAUCCAUAUCAUCAACUUGCCCACCAACCUCGAGACCCAAGUCACCCAUCGCUACUCGGCCAACAGCUUCAAGCUCCACCGACUUCCCAUGCCCCGCCCCGGUCAGGUUCUCGGUCUGGUUGGAACAAACGGUAUCGGAAAGAGUACCGCGUUGAAGAUUCUCAGUGGCAAGCUGAAGCCUAACCUCGGUCGUUAUGACAACCCUCCCGACUGGGAGGAAAUCCUGAAGUACUUCCGUGGUUCCGAUUUGCAGAACUACUUCACCAAGAUUCUGGAAGACAACUUGAAGGCGGUUGUGAAGCCUCAAUAUGUCGAUCAGAUUCCCCGUGCUGUCAAGGGACCUAUCCAACAGGUGCAGGCGCUUAUCUCGGCGCGCGCUGCGCUGGGUAAUGAGGAGGAUAUUAUGGACGUUCUCGAGCUGAGACAAGUUGCGCAGCGUGAUAUCGGUCACCUUUCGGGUGGUGAGCUUCAGCGUUUUGCCAUUGGUCUGGUUUGCGUGCAGAAGGCCGACGUGUACAUGUUCGACGAGCCUUCCUCAUAUCUCGAUGUUAAGCAGCGUCUGGCUGCUGCCCGCACGAUCCGCAGCCUCCUCCGCCCCGAUGACUAUGUCAUUGUUGUCGAGCACGAUUUGGCCGUCCUCGAUUACUUGUCCGACUUCAUUUGCGUGUUGUAUGGUCGUCCUGCUGUUUACGGUGUCGUCACUCUGCCUUCCUCCGUCCCUGGUGAGGAGUUCAUUGCGGACAAGGAUCGUGCCUUCGCCUAUCCCUCGAUGGAGAAGACUCUGGGUGACUUCCACCUGAAGGUUGAUGCCGGAAAGUUCACUGACUCUGAAAUUGUCGUCAUGAUGGGUGAGAACGGAACUGGAAAGACUACUUUCUGUAAGAUGCUUGCUGGUGCAUUGAAGCCCGAUGGCCUUAUCUCCGUCCCCAAGAUGAACAUCAGCAUGAAGCCCCAGAAGAUCACUCCCAAGUUCACCGGUACCGUGCGCCAACUCUUCUUCAAGCGUAUCAAGACUGCUUUCCUGUCUCCUCAGUUCCAGACUGAUGUCUACAAGCCCCUUAAGAUGGAUGACUUCAUCGACCAGGAGGUUCAGAACCUGUCCGGUGGUGAAUUGCAGCGUGUCGCUAUUGUCUUGGCUCUGGGUAUGCCCGCUGAUAUCUACCUGAUUGACGAGCCUAGUGCCUACCUGGACUCCGAGCAGCGUAUGAUCGCUGCUCGUGUCAUCAAGCGUUUCAUUAUGCACACCAAGAAGACCGCUUUCAUUGUCGAGCACGAUUUCAUCAUGGCCACCUACCUGGCUGAUCGUGUCAUCGUCUUCGAUGGCCAGCCAUCCGUGGACGCUCGUGCCCAGACACCCGAGUCUCUGGUCGGUGGUUGCAACAGGUUCUUGAAGAGCUUGGAUGUCACUUUCCGUCGUGACCCCAACAGCUACCGCCCUCGUAUCAACAAGUACAAAAGUCAAAUGGACCAGGAGCAGAAGCUGGCAGGCAACUACUACUUCUUGGAAGAAGAGAACUGA